AAUAUAUAUAUAUAUAAAAGAAACUAUCUUUGAAAAUGGAGACCAGUUAAAUCCAUUUAAAUUAUUUAAAAUGUAUGAUGCCAAUAAUGAGCAGCAGCCAGAUCAUCAAGAUCAGGGCGCACAAGAUAACAAUGCCGAAAAUGACAAUUACGGUUCUGGAUAAUAAUACCGUCAAACUCUUAAAAUCGAGUCAAGUGAUAACGUCCGUUUCCUUCGCUGUGAAAGAACUUGUGGAAAAUUCACUUGACGCCAAUGCUAAAAACAUCGAAGUUAACCUCUAUGACGAUGGUUUAACACAAAUCGAAAUAAAAGACGAUGGUUGUGGAAUUCCCAAGGAGGAUGCACCAUUCAUGGCUUUGGCUUCUUACACUUCAAAAAUAAAAAGUUUUGAAGACCUGGAGGCACUUCAUACUUAUGGUUUUCGAGGUGAAGCUCUUCAAGCAUUGAGUCAAGCAGCCGAUGUUACAGUAUCUACGAAAACCGAAAAUGAAGAGGUCGCAACUUUGUACACUCUCGAUUCCAAUGGAAUUAUUACAAAAUCGGAAUUUUGUCACAGAUCAGUUGGAACUACCGUCCAAGUAAACGGAUUAUUCAAAAGAAUGCCAGUGAGGAGACAAGGUUUGCUUAAUUCGAGACGAGCCAAACAGGAUCUAAAAUAUUUAGAAAGCCUCCUUAAAAGUUUUGGCAUUAUCCAACCCCCUCUUAGAAUUACUUACAGGCGGAAUAAUCAAAUGGUUUUUAUAAAACCGAGUGCCAAUAGCCUGAUGGAAUCAGUUACAAAUGUUUUGGGAAAAGAACUUGCUUCAAUCUUAGAAAUGAUUGAAGAAACCUGUCCCGAGGGAAAAAUACAAUUGUUGUUGCCAAAAAAAGUUCUUAAAGACGAAUCGUUGAUUUUUCGACCAGGACAUCAAUACAUAUUUGUUAAUAGUAGAAUGCUGACCCACAAAGAAUUAGAAAAGCUUUUAAACAAGAGAAUACAGGAAUACUUUACGAAAGGAACGCCAUCUGGGAAGAAAUGCUUGUUUUUGCUGAACAUAAAUGUCGACCCAGCAAAUCUGGAUAUUAAUUUAGAGCCGAAUAAGACCAAAGGGUUUUUGAAACACGAGAAAGAAAUAAUAGAAUUUGUAGACAAAAUCUUGUUGUAUUUUUAUGAAUUAGAAGAAUCUCGUGAGGAGAAGAACGAUAAUCAAAAUAAAAACCUCGAUUCGAAUGAUAAUAGCAAAUGUGACGAAAGUGAUUAUAUCAACGAAAGUGAUAAUAUCAACGAAACUGAAAAGGAAUGGCCUGCUUGUAAAAAACGCAAAGUUGAUCACAAUAGAAAAUCACCUGUUGAGAUUAUUGUUGACGCUCCACAAGCUAAAAUUAAUGGAGAUUUUGACCGAGAAUACCGAAUUCCGAAACGGGAAUCGUUUGAAAUGCCUAUCGUUGCAGAUGUGAGAGGACCAGUUUUGAGUGAAUCAGAUUCAACCAGCGAAGAGGAGAUGAAUUUUUAUAAUAUAAAGAAGGAGAAAGUUCCAUCGAAAACAGUAAAUAAAUCAAAAGGAGAUUCGGAUGAGUCUAAUGUUCAUUUUCCUCCAAAUCGAAUGAAACCUUCGCCUGAAACAGAAACCCUCUCUCAGUUGCCAGUCGUCGAUCUCGGAGAUGAUUUUCAGUCUCAGGAAAUUAGAGAGAAAGAAAAUCAGAUGUUGAAGCCAAAAGAUUUAAUUUUUAGUAGUGGCAGCGAGUCCUUAUUUGCGGAAACCGAUAUGUUCGACGAUUUUGAUUUUAACGAUAUUUCUGAAGUAUCAAAUAGUUCUACUUUGAAACAAAGUACCUUGUCUUUAAAUUCAUCUGAGACCGGAGAACUUUUACUAGAAGUCGCAAAAAUUGGUCCUUCGAAGGAAAUUCCGAAACCUUCUGCUGAAUUAUGGAGCAGGGGGCAUAUUUCAGGAAUACAGAAUGGCGUUGAUGUAAAAAUCCCUGUUUUGAAAGAAAAAGAACUUAGACCAAACACUCUAACCGGAUUCAACAUAUUUUUUUCACAAGUCAGAUCUCAGUUGGUAAAAGAAAAUCCAGAAAUGUCUGUGCCACAAAUUGCGGCUUUGCUCACAAAUCGCUGGAAAGAAAUGUCAGCAGAGAAAAAGGCCCACUAUCAGGAAAUAGCGAGUGCAAAAAUAAAACAGGAUGAAAUGAAAGACCUGAAGGCAAAGAAAGAAAAAAAGGAAUCGGAAAAAAAUAAGAAGAGACUUAUGACUAUGCUAGAAAAUAUGAGAUAUAAAAACAAAUCAACUAUUUGUAAGAAAGACGAAACUAUGAAAAUGAGAACUACCGUCACUGUAGAAAUCAACAAAGAAAAAGUAACUGAGAAAUUCUACAGGCCAAGGAGUCUACAGGAAAAUGUCGUGAUAGGGCCAUUGAAACCCUCUCUUUGGAUUGUGAAAGUAGGAAGACAAUAUUUGUUAUUGGACGUUAAGAAAAUGUACGAAAAACUGAAUUUUACGGAGCAUAGUUCGGAUGAAGCCAAUGCCGAGACCUUGGAGUCUCUUUUGCAAAGGUGGAUGAUUGAAGUACGAGAAAUGUCUAUAAUGCACGUGAUUGGAAGUUUCGAGCAGCGGGAAGAUAUGGAGGAUUUGUAAUCAGUAAUUAAUGUUAUAUUUGUGAAUAAUUUUUAAUUAAUUUAUUAGGUACGUUUUCGAUGGAAAA